AUGGCCCCCUCCACCUCCUCGUCGUCGUCGAGCGCGGCGCAGACGUCCGUUCAAGUUGCUCUCCGCAUACGACCGACCACCAAACAGGAUACCGUAUCCAUCCCCGCUCGUUUUCAGCGCGCCGUCAUUCACGCCGCCUCUUCCACCUCUGUCACCGUCGACGCCACAUCUUCCGCUCCUUCAGCAUCCGGCGCCAGCACUGCCUCUGCCGCCAGCUCGUCCGCAGCCGCCAACGCCAAAAAACAAGUCUUCACGUUCGACCAGGUCCACCCUCCAGAGAGCACCCAACAUGCGCUCUUCACCUCCACCGCCCUCCCACUCCUCUCCCGCUUUCUCGACGGCUUUAAUUGCACAAUCCUCGCAUACGGCCAGACCAGCUCUGGCAAGACCUUCACCAUGACAGGCAUUGACCUUGACGCCGAUCCAUCGGAUCCGACAAAUGGUAUGGGUAUCAUUCCCCGCGCCGUGUCUACCCUCUUUCAACGCGCAAGGGAGAUCAAGGAGGAGCGCGGUAAUACGUGGAACUAUAAUAUCAAGGGUUCCUUCAUAGAAAUCUACAACGAAGACCUUAUCGACCUGCUUAGCGAUGAUGGCGCUGGUGUCCACAUUCGAGAAGGUAAGGAUGGGUCGAUCAUCUGGGGGGGCCUUCGCGAGGUCGCUGUUAAAACCUCCGGCGAGGUCAUGAACCUGAUCCGUCAAGGAACAGCUAUUCGAAGGACGAACGAGACCGACAUGAACGCCCAGUCUUCUCGUUCCCAUGCUAUCUUCUCGCUCACCCUCACACAAAGGAAGUAUAAAGGUUCGGGGGGCGCUCCAACACGCUCAUCAUCUCCGCUGCCCCCGACCGGCCGAUCCCCAUCGCGCAUCGGACGGCCAGGAUCCAUGUUUGCAGGAGGAACGGGUAACAGGGUAUCCUCCCCGACCUUUGGCGCCCGUCCAGGUACCCCCAACAGCUUUGCUUCAGCCAUGGGCAGAGGAGGCGGCCUGCGGCCUGCUAGUGCCCUCGGCUCACAUCAUGACACUCGGCAGAGCAUGGAUGAUGAGGGAGAUUGGAUCACUGUCGUUUCGAAAUUCCACUUUGUCGACCUAGCCGGAUCAGAACGACUCAAGCGCACGGCAGCCUCGGGAGACCGCGUCAAGGAGGGAAUCUCCAUUAAUAGUGGCCUACUCGCUCUGGGGAAUGUUAUCUCCGCUCUUGGGGACCCCGCACGAGCAAAGUCCCAUACCGCAUCCUACGUCCCUUAUCGUGACUCUAAGCUCACCCGGCUCUUGCAAGACUCACUCGGCGGCAACGCACACACCCUAAUGAUCGCUUGCAUCAGCCCUGCGGAGUGGAACGCUGCGGAAACGAUCAACACCCUCAAAUACGCCAACCGUGCCCGGAACAUCAAGAAUCGUGCCGUGGUCAACGAGAAAGAGGAAGGUUGGGACGAUAUCGAGUGGUUGCAGGGCAUGGUGACCCGGCUUCGGAAGGAGGUGAAGAUCAUCAAAGAGGGUGGCACGCUUCCCCCAUCCGAGGUUUCCCACGCUCCACCAACGGAGUCUAAGGAGCUGGAGGGCGCAUCAAAGAAGAUGCUUGCGAAUUUCAACGAGCUCAAGAAUAACUACGAGGAUCUUCGGGAGAAGUACGUGGCCCGCAAUGAAGAGCUCAACCGGCUCCGCAAGGAGCAUGGCGAGCAUCAUCGGUCCGCGACGACGGGUACCAUUCCUGGGAUGAGCAAAUACGAGGAAAUCGUAGGCCCCGUGAUCGAGGAGUACGAGAAGACGAUUAGCGCUAUGGAGGCUGAGCUGAGCCUCAACCGCGCUGCGCUCCGACACACGAACGAGCUGGUAGAGGAGAAGGAAGAAGAGCUGACUCAACUCUCCGAACGGAAAGUCGCGACCGAACUCUAUGUCGAGGAGUUAAGGGCGCGAGUUGUGAAGCUGACGGAGCGGGAGGCGUCCACAGAGGCCUACGUUCAUGACCUCGAGGAAAAGAUCAAGGCAUACGACGAGUCUCAUAUUAGCUCGAGCGAAUCCAUGAGCGACCUUAAGCGCGAGCUGAGUCGAUUCAAAGAAUCAGAAUCGCAUUCGACUCGGUACAUCGCGGACUUGGAGGUUCGUCUCGCCCGGUCCGACGAGUCUGUCCUCGUACUUCGUCAGACGGUCGAGAAGCUCGAGUCAGAAUGCGAGAGACGACGAGACGAGGCCGAGGUUCUCCAGGAGCGCCUAGAGAACCUGAAGAAAGACGGCGAGGACUGGAGGACGGACCUUGAAGAGCGCGAGCAGCGGGUCAAGGAGCUCGAGAAGAAGAUGGAGGAGUGGGAGGUGAAGAGGAAGGCGGCCGGCGAGGCAAGAGAGCGCCUGGGCGGUGUCGCUGAUGAGGUGGCGCAGGCCCGGAAGCACCUUGAGGCUAACAUCGUCGACUUUGCCAAGGCCAACGGUUCGGGCAGCAGUCAAGCCUCGGGGACCUCAACGCCCAAGGAGCAGGACCUCUCGCUCGAGAACCAACUCGUUGCACUCCAACAGACCCACACCGCGACCCUCGCCGAUCUUUCAUCCGUUACUUCCAAAUACCGCGAUGCCCUGCGCGAAAUCUCGGACCUUGCUGCUCAAAUCCAGGAAGUGAAGCUCAGCCAAUCCGCUCCGUCUGUCUCAGAGGAGCCAGAGCGGUCGAUCGACUGGGGUGGCCCGCACAGGCGACGAAUGACCGGGGGCCGCCACAGGGAAUCCAGCGAUAGCCCUCAGAGCGCCCACAAGCGCCUUUUUUUCCGACAUGCGAUCUCGACAGAAUCGCUUCAUUCGAGGUCGCUCUCACAAUCGCAAUCGCAAUCGCUCUCUCAGGAGCUGUCCUCGGCGCGCUCGCGCAAAACUUCCUUAUCAAGUCCUGGAACCAGUAGCCCCUCCCAUUCCCCAUCUCACUCGUCCUCGUCGCCAUAUACACAUUCACAUUCUCACUCGCAUUCACGCUCCCGUCCGAACCUCUCAAUCUCGCUACCUUCUCUGAAUGUCAGCACAACGGAGCGCUCCGUCAGCAGCCUGGAGAAGGAGAUCAUGCGGCUACAAGACGUCUUGAAUGAGCGAGAGCAGGAGAUCGCAGCGCUCGAGAGUUCUUUAAAGGAAAAAGACAGCGUGUCGUCUUCGAGCACUGUAUCGGUCAGCUUGCCGUUGACCCCUGAGGUGGAUGGGGAGGACCAUGUCAAUGGGCGGACGAGCCCUACAUCGUACCUCACGCCGCAGACUAUGCACCAGUUUGAUGAACUCAAGUCAAACGUGCAGACAACCCAUGGGCGGUCAGAUAGCGUGACUACGUCGGAGGCCGACGAAACGUUGGAACGGCUUAACGAACUUAUGAUGGCCAUGGCACAGAAGGAGUCUCAGCAUCGCGACAUCGUCGAGGGUCUCAACGACGAGCUGCAGCAGCUUCGGAGACAGCAUGAUGAACUGAGCACCCUCUCACGCGAUCAGGCACUGAACAUGUCAAGCGAGCUGGAAAGUCUUCGGAGUAAGCACGAGGCCGACAUCGCACGAUUGGAACAUAUCGAGCAAAGGGAGGCGAAGCUGGCGCAGGCCUUGGAGCAAGCGGAGGCUUCCCAUGUCGUUGUCAUCGAGCAAAUUCGUGUGGAGCACGAGGAAGCACUGCGCAUGAAGGGGCAGCAGGUUGACGAGCUUGUCUCGCGGCUCAAGGAGGAGCAUGCUCUUUCUUUGACAGCCGUUCAGGGUCAGCUGGAGGAGGCUUCCGCUGCUCUGGAGAAAGCGCAUCAAGAACAUGCCGAGGCGUUCGGUAGCCUCAAAGCUCAGCACGACGAGGAGCUUCGUCAGAGUCUAGCAGACGCCAGCGCCGCUCUCGCGCAGGCGCGCCAGGAGCAUGCAACAGCCAUUCACGAUCUUGCCAUGAGGCACCAGGAGCUUGUUAAGCAGAAGGACGAGGAGUCUGUCGCGGCGCUCGCAAAGACGGAAGAGGAGUACUACAACGGGCUCACCAAACUUCGCACCGAGCACGCCGAAGUCAUCGAGCGGCAGGCGGCAGAGGCAAAUACGGUUCUCGAACGUCUACGUGAAGAACAUGCGGCCUCGCUCCGGAUGGCCGAUAUCGCGCGAGAAGGCUCCAUCUCAGACUCUCAGUCGUCCCAGGCGAUUGCUCUCAAGGAACUCCAGGACGAAUUCUCUGUGGCCAUCGCAAAGAAGGAGUCUCAGUUUGCGGAGGACCUGGAGAAAGCGAAUGAGGAUCAGGCUCGUCUCCUCUCGGCGGCGACGGAGGAGCACAGUGCGGCCCUCGCGAAACUUCGGGAUGAGCACGCUGUGGCGCUGGCGAAGGCUGAGAAGGCGCAUGCGCAGGCUUUGGCGAAGGCUGAGGAGGAGUCGGGCAAGGAGAUCGAGCGGCUUGCGUCUGCGUUGGCGAAGGCUAAUGACGAUCAUGCAUCUCUUUCAUCUCAAGGGCGCGAAGAUUCCGAAAUGGCGUUGCAGGCUGUUAAGGAGCAGCAGGCUGUCAUUCUCCAGGAGGUCGGAGCUGGUCAUCAGGACGAGGUCGCGAGGCUCAAGGCAGCUCAUGAUGCCGCUCUUCAGGAUGCCGUUGCGAAAGUUGACGAGGAACGCUCCGCGCUAGCGCGGACGCACGCCGAGUCGACUGCAAGGCUCCAUGCGGAGCAUGAGGUGGCCAUGGCUGAGCUGAACGCUGCGCUCGUCGCAGAGCAAGAAGCGCAUCGUGAGGCCUUGGAACAGUCUCGACAGCAGAGCGAGCGUCUUCUUCAGGAUGAAAAGGACCGGUUAGCAGCGGCCAUCGCCGACUUGGAAGAGAAGCACUCGCGGGAGCGAGAAACCUUGCAGAAGGAUCACGAGCUGAUUGUCAACGAGCUGAGGUCGUACAAGGCGGCUUUAGAAGAGCACGCUCUCGUUCGGGAGGAAGCUCGCGUCGCGCACGAGGACUCGAUGGCUAAGCAGGCCGAUGUCGUCGCCAGCUUGCAGCACGAUCUGUCCGAGGCCCACAAUGAGCGCGCGGAACUCGCGCAACAGGUCGAGGCGCUCCAAGCCGAGCUGAAUAACACGCGCAGCGAGCAGACUAUGCUCAUUCGGGAGGCGUCAAAGCGGGAAUCCCUUGUGGACGAGCUAGAGAAGCAUCGGUCCGUCCUCGCGGAGAUGCAGCACAUGCUGCAGCGCGUCAAGGACGAAAAAGACGCGAUUCAGCUGGAGAAGAGCAGGCAGGAGAAUGCCGUGCGUGACUUGCAAGCGCAGCUCGCUCAGAUCCCACCACCGGAGACCGUCUCGACGCCGCUCCGCCCGCCAACGGAGCGUGGGCUCUCAUACAGCCGUCUGAACAGCUUGUCAUCCUCGAAGCUUCCUCCACCUACACCGCCGCCUUCUGUACCCCCGCCUCCGGCCCCCAGGGUUGCGUCGUCGUUCAGCAAUGACAACGGAUUCCAAUCUGCGUCAUCGUCGACACCGAUCUCCGCGUCCUCGUCUCGGGACUCGCAGCUCGAUUCGCCAGCCACGUCCCUCACGCCGUCGCUACCGAAUCUGCCGAAUGGCUCCUCGCACGCGCCCGAUCCCAAGCUGGUUCAGCAAAUCGAGGAGCAGAGCAAGCAGAUCACGGAGCAAGAGGCGAUGAUCCGGACUCUCAACAAGCAGCUCAUGCAUUGCGAGAGCGACCUCCAGGCACACAUGGAUCUCGUCACAACCCUCGAGACGUCGCUGGGCGACUCCGAAAAGAACCUCCGGAAGGCCCGAAUGCAGGCGACUGAGAUCGCUCGGGAGCGGGAUACCCUGAACGCACAGAUCGACUCGUUGCGCGGCGAGCUCCAGGAGAGCAAGCGAGAGGUGGCGACUGUGCGGCGGUCUAUCGUCGAGGAGAAGCAGUCGCUCGAGCAUCGGCUGGACGAGGAGCGGAGAGCCAAGGAACGGGCGCGGCAACAGCUCGACAGCCGUAUGGAAGAGCUGCAGAAGCGCAAGUCCAAAUUUGUCUGUCUAUGAUCUCCCCCCCCCCCCCCCCCAGCUGGUGCUGGCCGUGUCGACCGUCUUCAUUCACCCUGCGCUUGCGCUCUCUGUACCACCCUCUCGCGAGCAUGCUCCUCCACGUCUAUGAUCCACCCAUCGCUUUAGUGCCUGCCGUCCAUCACCCUCCUAUGCCCUGCGCGCCGUGCCGCGCCCACAUUGCCGUUCUCGCAUUCACUCAUUCCACGUGUUCCGCCUUUCGUCGCCUGGAGCACGGUGUGGCUUCACCCUUCGAUCCACAUUCCGGAGCACUUUCGUGUGUAUUUGUUUAAUUCCGAUUCAUCGUUUACUUAGGAUACUGUUGCGCUUUUAAGUUCUGGAUACCCACGUUCGUUUUCUCUCUCUAGCAUGAAUUGGCUAUUAUUUCGCUCUUGUCCUAUGAUUGCAUCCCUACCGGCUGCGGUACCUAUAUAUGCUAUAUACCAUACGAUCAUCGGAGCUCUCUGAAUCUCUCGACUACACUGACACAUUUAUCCAUCUGGCUCGGAGGGAGGUGUGUAAUGCACUGUCUGAAACUCUAGCGAGUUGUUGGGAUCAAUAUCAAGGCUUGCAACCGCUC